GUUAAUUUCAAACUAUAUAUAGAUCGACAAACGUCUGUCAGAUCCUUUCUCUCUUAACAUAGCUUGAGUUGUUGUCUUCUCUGAUUCUGAAAACAUUUCCAAAAUGAUCCUUUUAAUUUCAUUCUUAAUAGGGAUACAGAUACUUGAUGCGUUGGCUACCUCUCCACUUCAUCAGUUUCUUUACACACCGUGCAACUCUUCAAACGUAAAGGAUGCUGCGGAAGCGGCCAUUAAUGAACUCAAUGCACAUCGGAGCGAAGGCUACGUUUUUAGAGUCCAACGUAUUUUUAAUGCCGAAGAAAUACCUGAGCAGGAUGGAAAUACUCUUUUCUACCUCGUUUUGGAUGUGUUAGAAACCGAAUGCCACGUCCUGAGCAGGAAAUCGUGGAAAGAAUGCAAGAUUAGAAGUUUUUAUGAGACAGUGUAUGGCCAGUGCAAAGUAAUAAUUAACUUCAACAGGCAUUCAGACGAUUGGCACUUGCGCAAUUAUGAGUGUAUUUUACAACCAGUUUCCAGUUCAGCUAUUGUGCAUAUUUGCCCUGACUGUCCCACGCCUGGAGAUCCUUCUGAAGCCAAUUUUCAGCAGACAGCAUGGGAGACACUGGCCAAAUUCAAUGCUGAAAAUGAACAUAAUCAUUAUUUUCACCUUGAGAAAGUCACCAAAGCCAGGUUACAGGUAAAGUUGAAAUGGAGCAUUUUUCAGCAAGAAAGUUGAUGCUGUGUCUUUGAUUCAUAUGAAGACUGUUACAGGAUAUAGGCUAACCUCAGAAAUUAAAAAUAAUAAAUGGAAAUAAUCCCAGAAGAGGGUGACUAACCUGCAUUAUCACCAAAGAAAGUGCAGAGCCAGAUUCCCAAGGUCUGCAGGAAUCUGAUGUAAAGUUGAUUUUAGUUUUUAUCUAUCCGAGGCCUUCCAAGGAGUAUCUAAUUUCUCUCAUGGAUGGAAUAUCACCUUCGGACAAUGUGAGAUUCUGUUGAUUACUGAAUAUAAAUAUUGUUAUUUAUAGGAACCUUUGACAAUGUCCUACCAGUUCUCCAGGGCCUAGUGCUGAGAAUUAUGGAGACUCUACUGGAGGGCCUCAGGUUAAUAAAGAUUGGGAGGACACCUAAGAUUAGG